ACAGAAACAGCCUUUUGCUUGGGAGACCGCCUCGCAGUUAUUAUAUUCCUCAUCUAUCAAUGCACAAUUCUUUGGAGCUCAUACAUUUUUGGCUAAAAUCACUCGAGACUGGGAUACGCUACCAGAAGAACGCAUCGAAUGGUUGCGGCAAGAACUGCUGCAUGCGAUCGCACGUCGCUGUAGCGGCCCGGCAUUCAUCGUAACGAAACUAUGCCAGGCGCUAACAGCGUACGCAAUACAAGCGGUACCUUUGAACUGGUCAAAUUUCAUAACGCAAACAUGGUGAUACUUGAACUCCUUACUAUUAUUCCAGAAGACAUCACCACUGCACAACUUAUUGGCGGUCACAGACUGCAGAUUAUGCAAGAACUAAAGGAUGGACUCCCGCAUGUUAUAUCAAAGCUAGAAGGCAUACUUUCCGAACACAGUCAUAUUUCUCAGCCGGAAGAAUAUAAUAUUAAUCUCAAGAAAAAAGCUUUAAAAUGCUUCCAGAGCUGGGUUCAAUAUGGCAUAUCUCCAGAGGACGCACAUAGCUUGCUUCAAAAAUCUGUCCAUUUGUUGACGAAUGACAUUUAUUUGGAAGAGGUUGUGGAUGUACUCGUUGAAAUUAUGCUGUUGCCAAAAGUGACCACGUGGGCGUCCAUACGGCAGCAUCUACAGGACUAUAUCGGGAGCCCGUGGUUCAUGACCAGGCUAUCAGACAGCAUUCGAGAUGAAGACGACCACACUACCAGACUUUUGGGCCGAAUAGCUGUUACUUAUGGCGAAACAUUCACUGAAACGAUUUCAGACCACAUGGAUCAGCCAGGCGUACUGCAUCUGUUGGAAUUAAUGAUGAGCUUAACAACAUAUCCAGGCUAUUUUGGCGAAGAUCAAGAGAUUAGCGAAAUUCCCUUGAACUUCUGGUACGUUCUACAAGAGACGUUAGCGGAUAAAGAUUGGCUUCCUGUUACUGCUGAAAAACACAAGCAGCGAAAUGGGCUAACAAAUGAAGUGAUAUGGUUGGACAAGGGCGUUGAAAACACUUAUGUAGUUUACCAGCAGCUUGUCUUGGCUUUGAGAGAUAAAGCCAUGCUUCCUUCUGAAGCGGAAUUCACGCAUUGGUCCAAAGAUGUCAGGGACAAAUUUCGCAUUUAUAGGAGGGACAUAGCGGAUACUCUCAAUAGUCCGUAUUAUGUAUUGCACAAUGAUAUGAUUCUGUUGUUGCUCCAGGAUAUCAAAAUGGAACUCUUGAGGCAAGAAACAAUGGAAUACCAUGAACAACGACUUGAAGCUUCGUUCUUCGCACUGUACAGCAUAAGCGAUGAGAUUCCACCCGAAAGUAGCAGCGAAAUUGCUCAACUCUUUGAAUUCAACAUAUUUGGGCAAAUACCCAGAAAUGCCAGCCCUCGACUUCAGAAUAUGGCUCUUAACUGUGUUGGUUCAUUUUCGGAAUGGCUCAAGAAUCAUCCACAGUACCUUCUGAAUGUCUUGAAUUAUAUCAUACCAGCUUUAAGCAACGCAAAGCUGGCUCAAGCUGCUGCUUCUUCGCUAAAGAAUGUUUGCGAUACAUGUCGUGCUGCUCUAGUUGAUGGUAUCGAUAGUCUCAUUGCCUUAUACCAAGAAGUUGCACAAAUUGGAGUAGAGGCACUUAUUGGGGAUAUCGUACGCAACAUUCAGCAUACGCUCUCUGUUGUAGAAAGCGAUCCAAUUACUGCUGCAAAAAACGUUCAAGCUCAGCUUCAAUAUUUGGCUGCCUGCUGCCGAGGACUUCAAUCCCCAAACGAUGACUAUCAAUCACUUAUUGCUAGAAACGCUGCCUACGAUAUGUUUGCCAGUGGUUCAAUUAACACUCUAUACGAGACUGUCCCUGGCGCUUCAGAAUUAUCUCAAACCAUCAAUGACACAAUUACCCAACUUGUGUAUUUGUAUAGUAAAGAUCAAGAAACCACACAAGUUUUAUGUCAAUUCCUAGAUGCUGGUUUGCGCUCCAUGAGCCCUUUAGCCUGCUUACCACUUUCAACUCUAUUAUUCAUCAUCCAACACAGCUAUGAAAGUCAACCACUCACACCAUGGCUAGAUACGGCCUCAUUAGUGUUUACUGUCUAUGGAGGAUACGAUGCUCACCGUGAUAAUCUCAGGCAACUUUUAGCAGUUUUGACAGCAAAAACUUUGAGUGGCAUAAACAACAUACAUGCUAUGGAGGAAUAUCCAGACGUUACAUAUUCCUAUUUCAGCCUUUUAUCUAGAGUCAUUCGAAGAUGUCCCCUUAUUCUAUUCCAACUUCCUCCUGAUAUAUUAAAUAGCAUAUUCUCCGUGGCAAUCGCGGGCAUGACACUUCAAGAAAGGCUUGCUCUGAAAGCUGUGAUGUCUUUUACGGCUGAAACGGUUGCAAUAGAUGCUGCAGAAGGCACAGAAUUAAGGCAAUUCGUAGACGAUCUUACCCUCAACAUUGGAUAUGCUCUAACGCAAAACCUCCUCUUGGGGAUCGGUGGACGGGUUCCGAGGUCGCUGAUGAGCUACCUGAUAGAUGUGUUAUACAAACUGACGGGUCGUUAUAUCGAAGUCAGUCGACAUUGGCUAGCCAGUCUUUUACAUCAGGAUGGCUUUCCUUCUCCGCACGUAACACUUCAGGACAAAGAAGUGUUCAUGAAAGGAAUACUUGGUACACGGUCAGCUAAACGGUUUAAGGAGGUUACUACAUCAUUUAGUGUCAAGUGUAGAAAAAUGGAUAACACAUUGUUUGGAUCGGUUGUAUAACAAGCA